AUGAUCCCCUUAUCAAAGCCAUUCUUACCACCGACCUCGGUGCCAUACCUUCAAGAGGUCCUGCAGUCUGGGAGAUUGGUGGGCCAGGGUCCAUGGACACAGCUCUGCACAAGAUGGCUGGAAGACAUGAUGCUGGAGGGCAAGGCCUUUCUGGUGACUUCUGGCACGACAGCUCUGGAAAUGGCAGCCAUGGUGAUCGAUAUCUCUCCCGGCGACGAAGUCAUCUUCCCGAGCUUCACGUUCGUGUCUACCGUGAACGCGUUCAUUGCCAGAGGUGCCGUGCCCGUCUUCGUCGACAUUGCGGAGAAGACGAUGAACAUCGACGUGUCCAAAAUCGAGGCCGCCAUCACCCCAAGGACCCGCGCGAUAGUGCCUGUCCAUUACGCCGGUAUCUCAUGUAUGAUGGACGAGAUCAUGGACCUUGCCACCAUUCACAACUUGGUGGUUAUCGAGGAUGCGGCUCAGAGUCUCACCUCCAAGUAUCGUGGCAAAUUCUCCGGGACAAUCGGCCACAUUGGGUGUUUCAGCUUCCACGAGACCAAGAAUUUCACAUCCGGUGGCCAAGGAGGAGCCGUGCUCAUCAACCAACGAGAACUGGUUGAUCGUGCAGAGGUUAUCUACGACAAUGGCACAAACAGGGUGCAAUUUCUCCGCGGAGAGAUCCAGCAGUACGAAUGGCAAGACGUAGGCUCAAACUAUGUCUUGUCUGAAUGUCUUGCGGCUCUGCUGUGGUCACAUCUGGAACUGUCUGAUGUCAUUCAGCAGCGGCGCCGUGAGAUUUGGUACAAAUACCAUGCCCAACUCCAAGAAACGGCAGUUGCGACUGGUGCCUUUGACGUCCCUAUCGUACCGCCUGGCUGCGAGAUCAACGGGCACAUAUACUGUUUGUUCUUUCAUCUCCCUGUUCUUCAGAACCUAUAUUACACGCGGGAAGCUGACACGUACGUUGAGCAGAUAUCAAACUGA